AUGAUCUACGAGUUCCACAGUGAAGCACUUUUCAAAUUCAGAGACAAAAAACCAGUGAAUGGAAGUAGAAAAUCGGGUCGAAAAGCGAAAGCACCAACAGAGGAAUCCAACAAAAACAACCUCCCAGCAGCCCUUCUUCCCAAGUUUCCAUCUCAAAAAAUCUUGAAAAAAAAGUCAUCAGAUGAUACGAUUGAAGUGGCUCCGAUGGUGACACCAGAGCAAAUUCCAUUCACUUAUGACGAUGAAGAUAAGGAAAAGGCUGAAAAUCAUUGGGAGGAGCCAAUGUUGGUGAUUGAUGAGUUACAGGAUAAUGAGAAUGAAUUGGAGAGACAAAUGCAACAGUUGAGGGAGGUAGAGAUGCAGGAAGCGGUGCAUGUCUCACCAGUGGAUCAGCCGUCUGUGGAUUCCAAUGCCAAGAAGUCAUCACAACCCGAGAAACCAGCGGUCCCUGUCGACAGAAAAGUCGAUAAACCGAGUGGACGUGAGAAGAAAAGUGACAGGAUGAAGAAUAAGAAAGAGAGAAGUCUGUCGUCGGAUGAGAAGAAAUCAGCGGGCGAGAAGAAUCCGAAUCCUGUGAUGUUGAAAAAGAAGGCGUCGGCAGAAAAUGCGAAUUCAGAUGAGGUGAUGAGAAAAAGUGCGAGAAAAUCGAAGAGACAGAAGAAGUCGGCGUUCAAGCCAGUCGUUCAGAAACCCGGAUGUCCCCCUUCUCAAGGACCUACAUCAAUCUACCAAGUUGUCCCAGCGUGUCCCAAAACGGAUCGCUCUCUGAAAUUGCCGAUCGCCGAGCAGAAGUCUUAUGAUGAUCGUGGAAGAAAAGCCAGAAGAGAUCCUCAACCACCGGCACCAAAACCACCACCAGCCAAAUCACCGCUUCCGAGUAACGCAGCGUUGACGGCUGGAGCUCAGGCUCAAGGCGCACAGGGACCUCCAGGUGCUCUGGGAGCUCCAGGCCCUCAAGGAGCGCCGAGGAAAAAGAUUGCAUUUAUGAAGAAUGUCUUGAAAAAGACAAAGUUUUGGAGACGGGCGGAUUGUGUUGCUGAUCCAUCCCAAGAAAUGCUCACAAAAUUGUACGUGAAGCCGGAUUACGACACCAUGAACCCAUAUGAUUUUGUUCCGGACCUUCAAGAAUGUCAAAUCUACGAAUAUGAUAUUCGUAAACGACUCGUUAAUACUUGUUGCGGAAGAGACGAGGUCUUCAUCAACAAACGUCCUUUCUGGUUGAAUCGAACCGCCACUGACGUCAUUCCGAAAGUUCGAAUUCAAUUGCACCGCCCGUUGAAACAAAUGUACCUCGGGAACCCGGCGAGUGUUCUUCCAAAACUUUCAAGACCUGAAACGAAGUAUGAACCGUCGACUGUUCCGUUAGAGAUGCUGGUUGCACUCGAUCCGAUGUUUGGAAUAGAUUUAAGUGGGAAGACGCCGAAGGAGAAUGAGUUGAAUCGGGUGUGUGCGAACACUUUUCACGCGACAAUUCAAUUUGAGAUGGAGAAACAGGCAUGGGAUAAGUUGACCGAACAGGGGAAAAAAGAAGCUGUGAGGAUGAGAAAGCUGCAGGAAGAGAUGGAUAACCUGGAGAAGCAGAAGAAGCUGGGGAAAAAAAUUUCUUCUUGUGAGGAUCUUAGGAGAGUGUCGUUCAAGGCGGAGGGAGAAUUGCAUUUGAAUGUUUAUAAUCGAAAGCACCGCUACAAGACAGUCCCUCCAUCCGGAGAAGUCAAAGAAUCAGGCCGUUUAUUCGCCCGCCCACUCUACACUAAAAUCGGUUCGAUGAAAUCAAGAAAACGGUCUCAAUCUCCGUCUCGAUCCCCUCUCCAAUCAUCUUCAUCUACUUCGGUUCCAUCCUCUGCUUCUUCAACGUCCACGUCUCCGGCUGAUACGAAGAAAAUUUGA